AUGUCGUCGCACCUAUUCGACGCCGUCGUCGCCCACAGCGAUCCCGCCGCGCAUCUUCCCGACCCCGCCUCCGCCCCACUCUCCCAUCCCCGGACCUCGCCGCGUGCCGUGCCGCCGCCGCGCGAGGCGCACCACCUGCUCGUCUUGGAGGGCUCGCGCUUCACGUGCGUCAGCGCGCCGCUCUCGCUCUCGCUGCGCCUCUGCUUCCAAGACCACAGCGCCAGAGGUACCGCCGCCGCUGACCGCUCGGACCACCAUCAGCACGCCGAGCAGCGCGCGCAACUGCUCGCACCGCCCGUUGACAGCGGUUCCCCCGAUAUCUCUCCCGAAAGGUCGGGAAGCGAAACCUUGCGUGAGUCCACGGGGAUAGGCCUUGGCGCAAGGCAGGAGGCGGAGGAGGCAGAGGAAGAAGCGGGGGAUGCGUGCUGCGAGCGGGAGGGGAUGCACGUGCACGCACACGUGCAUCAUGGCGACGCGAGCACCGAAGACGUGCUGCUCGAACCGUGCCUGCACGAAGGUGUGCUGUCGCCCUGCCUGCGCCCCUCCCCCGCCCCCUCGCCGCGCCUCCCCUCUCUUUCCACCGCAUUUGGCGGGGAGCGGGGGAAUGACGCGGUGAGGAGAGAGGGGGAGGGGGUGAGGGGGGCAGUGACGGAGGGGCAUGGCGGCGCAGAGGAGCAGGGCGAGGGGGGGUGGCACGUGCAUGCGGAGGGGUGUGGGCAUGGUCGCAUAGCGCAUGGCGACCACGUGGACUACCUCAUGCCGCUCCUCGAUGGCUCCUUCCUGCUGCACCACGCUCAUCACCUGCCCCAUGUGCACCACGCGCAUCACUCACCCCCCCAUGCGCACCACGCGCAUCACUCACUCCGCCAUGUGCAUGCAAUGCGUGUUCGGACUCUCCUCCCCAUGCGGCAGCAAGCGCACAUGGCCAUGGCAUGGCAGCAGGGCCAUCCGUGCAGUGCUGCCAGCCACGGCAGCACCGCGCAUGUUGCGCACUCUGCCAGCACCACUGCCCCGCACACUCACCCCGCUGAGGCGCACAGGCAUGACGCGGCGGCAAGCACAUGCGGUUACCACGUGCACGAGCACGGGCGGCUGGUGAGGAUCGGCGCUGCCAUGGGGCUGCUGAGGCGGCGCGUGGGCAAGCAGCGUGUGGAGGUGUUUGACUACGUGCGCCAUGCUCCCUCCCCCACCCUCACACCCACGUGUGCUCGCACCUGUGGCAGUGCGGCAGCGGGAUGCUGCUCUGAUGCCAUCUGCUCCUACACUCGGUUGCCGUCCCGUGAUGAAUGUGAUUAUAUGGAGGGCAACGAAAGAGCAGUACAGAUGGGGGUGAAGCGGCGUGAUGGUGGAGCGGAGGAGCAGGCAGGUCCGUGUGGGGAAGGUGCAUCUGCACCUCCACCUGCCGGCUCUGCUGCAGCUGCAGCGAGUCUGCUUGACGCUGACGUGGCAGAGGUGGUGAAGAGUGAAAGGGUGCAGGCAAAAGCAGCUUCUCUGAUUGGCUGUCAUACGCCGAUGGCAGUGAUGGCACGUGAAGAGCAGCCCCGUGGCAGUGAACAGUCCACAGGCUGUACGCUUCAUGAGAAAGACGAUCAUGGCUGCUGCAGCAGCGGCCAUCACAGCAGGCACAGUCACACUCACGCUUGCAUCACCAGCCAUGCUGCUGGCAGCGCUGAUGGCGUUGAAACCAGCGAGGCAGCAGUGGGAGGGGCGAUGUGGUGUAGCGGGCAGGGCUGCUGCACUCAUGCAGAGGGCACUGGGAGUGCAGGCGAGAUGGUGGUGCUGGUGGGUGGGGGCGACAGGGAGGGGGCUGGAGAGGCGACAGAGGUAGUGGGCGAGUGGAUGGCCAGAAAGCCGUCUCCAUUUGUCUGGUGGUCAACCACCGCGUGCAAGCGAGCAAUCACUGCCGUGGCCAGCGCAGCAACCAAGGCCUUCCAAGGUCCCCAGCCGCACAGCAAUGCUUCCGCCCCCGCUGCUGCCAUUCCUGGUGCUGGUGGGGCAGUGGUGACGUCACGGGUGGACGUGUUGGGGCUGUGCUGCGCAGCGGAGGUGGCGGUAGUGCAGCGAGUGGUGGAGGCGCUGCCCGGCGUGCUGCACGUCGCCGUCUCCACGCCCACCAGGACGGCCCUCGUGCGCCAUGACGCCUCCAUCACCUCCACUGCUGACAUCGUGGCGGCGCUGAACGAUGCGCAUCUGAAUGCCAGCGAGCAGCAGAGGGGGCGAGUGCGCAUGGCGUCGUCGCUGCCGUCGCCCUCCACGCUGCUGUCGGGCGCGCUGCUGCUCGUCUCCCUCUUCCACUACCUCCUCCCCCCCCUCCAGUUUGUCGCCCUCGCCUCCAUCGCCGCCGGCCUGCCACCCAUUCUGCUCAGCAGUUUCGCUGCGCUGAGGAGGUUCAUACUCGAUAUAAACACACUCAUGGUCAUUGCAGUGGGCGGCGCAAUAGCCAUUGGGGAGUAUGUGGAGGGCGCGUCUGUGGUCUUCCUCUUCUCCCUCGCCCACUUCCUUGAAGCGCGCUCCACCCAUAAGGCGCGGGUGGCCAUCCAGUCACUCAUCGACCGCGCCCCACAGACGGCUGAGCUGGCCGCCACAGGCGAGCAGGUGGCGGUGGAGGACGUGCCCGUGGCCACGCUGCUCGCAGUGCGCCCAGGCGCGCUCGUGCCGGUGGAUGGAGUGGUGCAGAGCGGUGCGAGCAGCGUGGAUGAGAGCAGUCUGACAGGCGAGUCGCUGCCAGUGUUCAAGGACGUGGGCGCGCCUGUGUGGGCCGGCACCAUCAACACCACAGGCUACUUCACCAUGAGGGCCACGGCGCUGGCGAGCGACUCAGCAGUGGCGCGCAUGGUGGCGCUCAUCCACGCAGCGCAGGCCAACCGCUCGCCGUCGCAGCGCCUCGUGGAGUCGUUCGCACGCGUCUACACGCCCACCGUCGUGCUCGCCGCGCUGCUGCUCGCCCUCGUGCCACUCGCCGUGCCCUCCGCCGACCACCUCUACUUCUUCCGCCUCGCGCUGCUGCUGCUCGUCGUCGCCUGCCCGUGCGCCCUCGUGCUCUCCACGCCCGUUGCCGCGGUGUGCGGCAUCGCGCGCGCUGCAAAGGACGGGGUGCUGGUGAAGGGCGGCGCGCACCUGGAGAUGCUGGGGCGCGUGCGGGCGGUGGGCGUGGACAAGACGGGCACGCUCACACAUGGCCGCUUCCAAGUGGUGGGGUUUGAGCUCGUGGACGGCGCUGCCUGCAGCAAGCAUGAGUGCCUCGAGUGGCUGGCAGGUGCAGAGAGGCAGUCCAGCCAUCCCAUGGCGGCCGCCCUGCUGGCCUACUGCCGCCACCACGGCGUUGAGUCCAACGGGCCGCUGCCGGGUGCUGCUGCAUGCGCCCCUGUAACAGCAGCAGGCUGCGCACACACCCAUUCCACGUGCUCCCGUGCUGGUGCAGGCAGCAGCUGGGGCGAGUUGGGUUGUGGAAGCAGCAGCAAGAUGGGUAGGAACGGUUGUAGCACACGUGCUACUGCUACUGGUGGAUGCAGCAAGCCACACGUCACAUGCAAUGCGGCUGCUGACACAUGUGGCAUGCCAGAUGGCGCAUGUGCCAUGCUGGGUGGGGCAUGUGAAAACAAUGGAGGGUCUUGUGGAGGCAGUAGGUCACAUGGCAUGGUUGCAGCCAGCCAAGGGUGCUGUAAGGCGUCUCGCUGCCAAGACAGACAGCAAGGCACUGCUGCAGAAACCGAGGCAAUCUGUAACGAGGAUGCGACUGAAGGGGGGGUUGGACGGGCAGCAGGAGGGACAGAGGGUGGCAGGGAGGGAGGGGGGGCGAGUGGGUUUGAGACGGUAGCGGGGGAGGGCGUGGAGGCGGUGGUGGGGGGCAGGCGCGUGCACGUGGGCAACGAGAGGAUGGCCCUGCGCCUGGGGUGGACACAUGCCAUGCCCCCCGCGCUGCUCUCCCACUGGCUCAGCCUCGGAGCCACCGUGGUGUGGCUUGGCGUGGACGGCCACCCCAAGGCAGUGAUUGCCGCAGCUGACUCGCUUCGGGCCGAAGCUGCGGAGGCGGUUGGGCAGCUGGUGAGGGGAGUGGGGCUGCACGUGGCCAUGCUGACGGGCGACAAUGCGGGCGCUGCCACUGCCGUGCAGCAGCAG